GAGCUGUUUGUCUGAUUGAGGCACUAAUUGUGCGGGUCCUAGCCGGGAAGGCAGCGCGUUUCACGUUAACGCCGGGGAAGAGACACGCAAGGCUCAGCGGAUAAAAGGCUCGUGGUCCCAGCUGGGAAAACAGUUCCAUUAUCUCCCAGCUGCACAGACCUUGCACACGGCUCCGUUCUGCCUGGCUGGGAGCUCCAAACAGACGGCUGUGGAGAGGCUGAGCCAUCCCCGAGCUGGGAGCUAGUAUCCAGGUAGUCACAGGAAGACACACUUUACUUUCUUCCACUGAUUGGAUGGGAGGAAUUUUUGACCUUGGAAAGUGGAGAUGGUGUUGCUAUGGAAACUAAUAAGUCUGCUGCCAUUCAUGAGCUGCAGCACAGGGGAAGAAACCCUUCAUGGGCCUAUUUUUAUCCAAGAGCCAUAUGAUAUCACUUAUUCCAUGGGCUCAGCAAAUCCAGAGAUCCUCCUGAACUGCACAGCCAAAGGAUAUCCACUGCCAUACUACAGGUUGGUUGGAGGCAGCUUGGCAAUCAAUAACCCACAUAAAAAUCAGGAUAUUGGAACAUACCAGUGUUUGGCCACAAAUUCAUUUGGAACAAUUCUGAGCAGGAAGGCAAAGCUUCAAUUUGCAUACCUGGAAGACUUCGAGACGCGGCCGCGGAGCCGGGUGUCGGUGCGAGAGGGACAAGGAGUGGUCCUGCUCUGUGGAACUCCCCCCCACCACGGAGGCUUGUCCUACACGUGGCUCUUCAACAACAGCGCGCUGGACCUGCGGGAGGACGGGCGGCGCUUCGUGUCGCAGGCCACGGGCAGCCUGUACCUGGCCAAGGUGGAGCCGGGGGACGCCGGGGAUUACAGCUGUGCUGUCAGCAGCGCCCAGGCCGGGCGCCGGGCCCGGGGACCCGCCACGGCCCUCGCCCUCCGCACAGACGGUGUGAUGGGGGAGUACGAGCCCAAGAUUGAGGCGCGCUUUCCAGAAAGGACCUACGCAGCGCAGGGCUCCUCUGCCAGGCUGGAGUGCUUCGCCCUGGGAAAUCCUGUCCCAAGCAUUAGCUGGAAGAGAUCUGAUGGAACCUCCUUGGCAAAGAAAAUCCAACAGAACAGGACCAGAGGAGUUCUUGAAAUCCCCAACGUUGAGCAGUCAGAUGAGGGUUCCUACGAGUGCCUGGCAGGGAACACUCGAGGAAUUAACAUUGCAAGAGGUCAAUUGUUUGUCUAUGCACCCCCUGAAUGGGAUAAAAAAAUCCAAAAUGCCUUUCUGUCUCUCUAUGACAGUUUAUUUUGGGAAUGCAAGGCAAGAGGAAAACCAAGUCCUUCUUACAGCUGGUUAAAAAAUGGCCAGCCCCUCAUGUCAGAGGAAAGAAUUCAAAUAGAAAAUGGGACUCUCCUCAUCCCCAUGCUGAAUCUGUCAGACUCAGGCCUCUAUCAGUGCGUGGCAGAAAAUAAAUAUGACACCAUUUAUGCCAAUGCUGAGCUGAGGGUGAUCGCUGCAGCCCCUGAUUUUUCCAGGAAUCCUGUGAAGAAGCUGUCUGUUGUUCAAGCUGGAGGGGAAGUCACAAUUGCUUGCAAACCCAGUGCUUCUCCCAGAGCUGCUGUUUCCUGGAGAAAGGGCUCGGAGGUUUUGCACCAGAACAAAAGGGUGGUGUUCCUGGAGGAUGGCAGCCUCAGGAUCUCCAAUAUCUCCAAGGCUGAUGCUGGGGUUUACACCUGUGUGGCCACAAACCAGUUUGGAACUGCCAGAAACUCAGGGAACCUGAUUGUGAAAGAAAGGACUGUCAUCAGCACUCCCCCCUCUGACACAGAUGCAACAGUUGGGGAGAGCAUUGUCCUGCCGUGCCAGGUGUCCCACGACCCCUCCCUGGACCUGCUCUUCUCCUGGGCCUUCAAUGGCCAGAGAAUCGACCUGAGCAGAGGAAUCCAUCACUUUGAAAGGAUUGGAAGGGGAUCUGCUGGGGAUUUGAUGAUAAGAAAUAUUCAGCUACAUCAUUCUGGGAAAUAUGUGUGCACGGUGCAAACUUCUUUGGACAGUCAAUCUGCAACAGCAGAUAUCAUUGUGAGAGGCCCCCCAGGUCCACCAGAAGAUGUUAAAGUUGAACAUGUUUCUAGCACGACUGCUGGCUUAUCCUGGAAGCCUGGAGUAGAUAACAACAGCCCAGUGCAGAUCUACAGUGUCCAGACCAGGACUCCCUUCUCGGUGGGAUGGCAGGCGGUGGCCACAGCUCCCGAGGUCAUUAAUGGCAGGAGCCACCAGGCCACCGUGGUGGAUUUGAGCCCCUGGGUUGAGUACGAGUUCCGGGUGGUCGCCAGCAACAGCGUGGGGAUCGGGGAGCCCAGCAGCCCCUCGGCCCUGCUGAGGACCAGGGCAGCAGUUCCUGUGGUGGCCCCCACGAACAUCAGCGGAGGAGGAGGGAGCCGCUCGGAGCUGGUCAUCACCUGGGAGCCGGUGUCAGAGGAGCUCCAGAACGGGGAAGGUUUUGGCUACAUCGUCAUGUUCCGUCCCCUUGGCUCAACAACCUGGACCAAAGCUGCCGUGGCCUCGGUGGAAUCCAGCAAAUAUGUUUAUAGGAAUGAGAGCAUCACACCCCUCUCUCCUUUCGAGGUCAAAGUUGGUGUCUACAACAACGAAGGGGAAGGGACCCUGAGCUCCAUUUCCAUCAUCUACUCAGGAGAGGAUGAGCCUCAGAUGGCCCCGGCGGGAGCCUCGGCGCUGAGCGUGUCGGCGGCGGCGGUGGAGGUGUCCUGGCUGCCCGUCCCCUGGAACCGGCACACGGGCAGGGUGCUGGGCUACGAGGUUUUAUAUUGGAUAGAUGAUCCCAAGGAAAGCACAGCUGGGAAGGUCAGAGUCAGUGGGAAUGUGACAGCCAAGAACAUCACGGGUCUCAGAGCUAACACCGUGUAUUUUGCAGCAGUCCGAGCCUACAACACUGCAGGGACAGGGCCCUCCAGCCCCCCAGUCAAUGUCACCACCAAAAAAUCCCCACCAAGCCAACCUCCAGCUAACAUUGCCUGGAAGCUGACAGAUUCCAAAAUCUGCCUGAACUGGGAGCAUGUGAAAACAAUGGAGAAUGAGUCUGAGGUGCUGGGCUACAAAAUUCUGUACAGACAGAACAGGCACAGCAAAGCCCAUAUCCUGGAGACAAACAACACUUCAGCUGAACUGCUGGUCCCGUUUGAAGAAGAUUAUCUCAUCGAGAUAAGAACCGUCAGCGAUGGUGGCGAUGGCAGCAGCAGUGAGGAAAUUAGGAUUCCAAAAAUAUCCAGUUUAAGCUCUGGAGCAAUGAAAUUAUCCCAAAGGAUAAACCACACAUUGACAUCUGGGAUCCUGCUGUUGAGUUCUGUUCUUCUAAAUCCUUUUCUUUGCUGGUUCCAGCAAUGCCCUGCCAUGGACUUUCAAAAAUAAAAAUAAAAAGUGUAGAUUUUAUCUUAAUUCUUCACCAUAACCAACAUUCCUGAGAAAAAGCAACACUGGGGAGGGGGGGGGAGGUAGAAGUGCUCUGUCAUUAGGAAAAUGUUAGGUAUUGAUAUUCCAUGUUUUUCUUAAAAAUAGGCUUGGAAAUGAACAGAUAAAUCAACCUGCAUUAAUGAAACUGAGUGGUGCCAAACCUAAUUUGGGAUUGACACGUGGGUGGGUUAAAUUUUUUCCAAGGAGUUGUUAUUGGAAGAGUAUUUUAAUGGAAUAUCAACCUGUGCAAGCUGAUGCCAGGGAGGGGAGGAGAGAUUUCAAACUCUUGUGAUGUGGAUAUUAUUUAUCUCAUGUUCUUCAAUGUAUCCUGCUAAAAAAAAACCAAAACACUUUCAAUUAAAUAAAAGCUAUUUGUUUACUUCUUGC